AUGAAUAGUCAAAUAUUUGGUGUUUUAUUAGAAGAUGUUCCAUUAAAAGAAGGACUUCCAUUACCAGUGUAUGAUUCAUUAAAAUAUUUUAAAGAAAAUCCAACAUUAUUAGAAACAGAAGGAUUAUUUAGAAUACCAGGAAAUAUGUCAGUUGUUAAUAAUUUAAAGAAAGAAUAUAAUGAAGGAAAAGAAGUCAAAUUAGAAGGAGAAAAUAUUCAUACUAUAGCUUCAUUAUUUAAAUUAUAUUUUAGAGAAUUACCUGAUAGUUUAGUUACAGAAGAAAAUACUGAUUUAUUUCUUGUAUUUAUUGAAUUAGAUAAAAUAGAUAAAAACCAAACAAUUAAAAAAUUACAAAAUGUAUUAAAAGAAUUACCACAAGUUCAUUUAAAUGUUUUAAAAUCAUUAAUUGGGUUUUUAGUUCAAAUUACUGAAAAGAGUGAUUUAAAUAAAAUGGAUUCAAGAAAUCUUUCAUUAAUCUUUGGUCCUAAUAUUUUUAAUCAUCAAGAAGCUUUAGGCUUAAUGUUUUUUUUCCAUUAUUAA